AUGCACUCUCCGAUCUCUUUGAAAAAACUUAGCCAAGUUUUCAACCUCAAAUCCGAAAAAUCAAUGAGAUCCCAUCAAGAAACUUCUGAUGAUGCACUUCUCGGAUCAGUUACCCAGAAUGUUUACCUUCCGGACAAUUCAACAGAUAACAUGAGACGUUCAGGAAUGGAUUAUGUGGAGCCCAUAAUUAGUCCAGACACUACUAUGGCUCCAAAUGACGAAAUGGCGAUCAUGGAAAACCAACAACCCUACUCUUCUCAAAUGUCAGCCAUGAGUUCUACAAUUUCGAAGACAAUAAAGCACGGAAGUGCUGAUAAGUUUGUUGGGUUGGCUGCUGGUUGCUUUUGGGGCACGGAGCACAUCUACCGUCGUAAGUUUGGCGAUAAGAUCACUGAUUACAAAGUGGGUUAUGCCAAUGGAGUCACUGCCAACCCAGAUUACAAAGCUGUGUGCAAUGGUGACACCAACCACGCCGAGACACUUCAAAUUUCGUACGAUCCAGCAAAGGUUUCCUUCAAGGAACUGAUUGAGUUUUUUUUCGUGAUUCACGAUCCCACCACUUUGAAUUCUCAAGGACCAGACGUGGGUACCCAAUACAGAUCGGCCAUCUUUACCCACUCUGAGUCAGAUUUGAAUGAAGCAAGGGAAAUUAGAGAUGCUAUGCAAUCCAAAUGGUAUCCUAAGCACAAAAUUGUGACUCAAAUCGAGCCAAUCGAGUCUUUCUGGGACGCUGAAGAGUACCACCAGUUGUACCUGGACAAAAAUCCAAACGGCUACCACUGUCCUUCUCACUUUAUAAGAACGACUCCAAAGGAGUAA